AUGGCUGCCGAUCUCAGGCUCGUCGCUCUGUGCCUCCUCUUCUUCUCAUCCCUCCCUCUGUUCGCCGUUGCUGACUGCGACUGCGAGGCCGCAGAGGAAGAGCAAGACAAGGCGGGGGCGCUAAAGCUCAAGAUCAUCGCCGUCUUCUGCAUCCUGGUGGCCAGCGCGGCGGGCAGCGCCAUCCCGUCGCUUGGCCGGAAGUUCCCGGCGCUCAGCCCGGACACGGACCUCUUCUUCGCCGUCAAGGCCUUCGCCGCGGGGGUCAUCCUCGCCACCUCAUUCGUGCACAUCCUCCCGGAGGCCUUCGACAGGCUCGGCUCACCGUGCCUCGUGGACGGGCCGUGGAAGAAGUUCCCGUUCGCCGGCUUCGUCGCCAUGCUCGCGGCCAUCGCCACCCUCGUCGUCGACACCAUUGCCACGGGGUACUUCCAGCGCGCCGCGAACGCCAAGAAGGCCUCGGCGGCCGUUGGAGUCGGCGACGACUUAGAGGCCACCACGCCGGAUGAUCAUCACGCGCACGGGAACGGCGGUCACUCCCACGGCCACGGCGUAUCGGCCAUCAUCGCGUCGUCCGCCGCAGGAUCAUCCGAUGACGGGAGUGCGCAGCUCAUCCGCCACCGCGUCAUCUCGCAGGUGCUGGAGCUGGGGAUCAUCGUGCACUCGGUGAUCAUCGGCAUGUCUCUGGGCGCAUCCGAGAGCGCCAGCACGAUCAGACCGCUCGUGAUCGCGCUAACCUUCCAUCAGUUCUUCGAGGGGAUAGGGCUUGGAGGAUGCAUUGUUCAGGCGAAGCUCCGCCUCAGGUCUGUCUUGAUGAUGUCGCUCUUCUUCUCGCUCACCACGCCGGUUGGCGUGGUGAUCGGCAUCGGGAUAUCGUCUGGUUACAACGAAAAUAGCCCCAGGGCCUUGGUCGUCGAAGGGCUCCUCAGUGCGGCGGCCGCGGGAAUCCUGAACUACAUGGCCCUCGUUGACCUUCUAGCCGAAGAUUUCAUGAACCCUAGGGUGCAGAACAACGGGAGGUUGCAGGUCAUGGUGAACAUCUCAUUGCUGGCUGGGAUCGCUCUCAUGUCCAUGCUUGCUAUAUGGGCAUGA